AGUUCUUUUGUAAAAACUGAUAUUGCUUGGAGGAAUUAGUGAGCCGGUUCUGCAAUGAGCCACUCCUGCAGCUUUUGGCGACUUUCUCGUACAGAGUGCUAAUGAGUUCUUUAUAAUCGGUUUAGUAAUACUAAUAUGAGGUUAUGUGUUCUUGUACAAGUGACAUGUAAUCCGAGAAAAGUUGUUGAGGUCGGCACUUUUUAAAGCAUUCUUCAUCAAUUGCUUUGCACAGCGCAUCAGACUGCCAGUAGCUGCACAGACUGAGGCAAAAAAUGUAUUGUGCUCUUUUAUACAUCGUUUCCGCCCUACUGAUUGCCGGAUUUGCUGCUGCAACUUCCGAACCACAUGCACCUGAAGUCACGGAAACAAAAAAAAUUGAUCAGGAAGCCAAAAAGGCUAUGGACGCGGUCUCCCAGGAAAUAAAGGUCAGGGCCAAGGUCAGUAACAGCACCGUUCUGAAUCCAGUGUCGUAUGCUAAAGAGAAGGAUUACUUGGGCGUCGUAUACCCCGUUUACAUCGUCAAGAUCCGACUGGGGGCUGGUCAACCCGAAAGAUACGUCCAUGCCCAAAUCUACCAUGGUAUAUUCGACGGCAAAUACUAUCUGGAGAGGGUGAAGGACGCUCACCGAGAAGAUCCGUUCGCUUACAUUUUCUGAACAAGUGUUUCGCCAUCCACACUGCAUACUGAAACAAGCAAGAGUGCAACAUUUCGUUUUCGGCAUACAGAAAACAGUGCUGACAUCCAUAAUGCGACCAAGGAACUCAGUUUGUUAGAACCACCUUAACGCCAUGUUUGAGCAUAAAUGCGAUGUCAGUUAUGUGGCAGUUGUUAUUUUCUGUCUGUAGAUCUAGAAG